GAAGCGAGAAAAAUCUGGGAAUAAAUAAGUAAGCCAUCAUGGCGUCCCCCAUAGAAAACAGCGGCAGUACACAAAGACCAGUGCCAAUGGAAUCACAAUCUAUUACAGAAGAAUCAGCCCCAGAAACAGCAAGUGGAAUUUUGCAAGAAGAUGUGCCAGUAGGUUCUGAACCACUGCCACAGACAACACAGGCUGGCUCAACAAGUGAAGGAUGUGUCAAUCAACCUACUGCUCCUACAGGGGAAGAAAAUGCUUCCUGUUUGGACCAUGGAACAGUAUCGGUCUCUGAAAAUCAAAAUCCACCUGAGAGCCAGAGUGUAACGCAGAUACCAGAAGAACCUCUGUGCAGCCAAACAGUAGAGCAGUCAUCAAAAGAAGAAGCAGUUGUUGGUGAUCAACCGACGUCCAGAGCUGCAGAUGAGGCUUGGUGUAAAAAAGAUGAAAAUGUCAUGGUAUCGGGAAAGGAAACAUUUUCUGAAGAGAGCAUGGAAGUUGAUUUAUUGACUGACAAUGAUAAUGAAAAUGGGGUCAGUGGAGGAGAAACUGCAGAUGGUAUGGGUAUCCGAGAAAGCAUUGCUGAGAGUUCUGUUGAUGCUGGAAAUGAUAAGUGUAGUGAAGAUGUGGCAGGAUAUGACGAAAAGGCGUCAAACGUUUGUGAAUCGUCAUCUGCUUCAAAUGAAGCUACUGAAUUCAAAUUUCUGAAACCGAGUUCUUUUAACUUAGGGGAAAAUGACAAUGGUAAAACACCUUGUAUUGAACCAGUAGAGAAAGUGACUGUUGAAAAACGUUCCAAUGCACCAAUCCAUGUGCCGGAGAUGGUGUACGAUAUUGAUGAGGAAACAAGGAUGGGAUUGGAUCAGUCUUCUGGGGAUGCAUCAGCGGUCGAGUCGACCUUCAACUACCCUCUUCCCCCAAAGCAGUUGUUCACUGGUGAAGAUACAAAAGAUUCGGAAGCAUCUGACACAGAAACCAAGAUGUCCAUAAUUUCAGACACCGAGGAUAUUCGCCUCAGAAACACUAUUAGCAUUGAUGAUGCCACCAAAGAUUCUGUUGCAUCAGAUUCCAACACUGAGACCCCAGUGCCAUCAAAGUCAUCUCGAAGGUCUAGUAAAGAAGGAAGUGGUGCAGAUGUCAUUGAAGAUACAGAUCACUCAGUGUCUGCUGAGGGCCUGUUUGAGUACCAGUGGCCGCAGGAUGGAGGGGACUGGCAUUUGCUGCAAGAGCAAAUCAGUGAAUACCUCAAAGUCAAGUCUUUCAAAAGGAAGUAUCCGGACUUGUACAGACGAACUUGUGACAAAGAAGAGAAGGAUUUCCUGAGGGAGAAGGGAGUUGUGACGGAGACUCAGUCCGACUUAGGUUUGACUGCCCUUAGGAGUGAGGAAGUGUAUGACCUGAUGAUGAAAGACUACAAUGAUAAAUAUAGGGAAUAUGUAUCAGUUCUUCAAGAAAAACAGAAGAGAGUCAUUCGUGAAAAGCACAAGGAAUACUGUGUGCAGCCCAAACUGGACAAAUCAAAGAUAAUGGCAUACUCCAAGAAGGCUGCGAAAUCUGCAGCAGAGUACAACUCAAGUAUGAUGCGAGAAAAGAGAGAUGAGAGAAGGGCUUAUUUUGACCUGCAGACCUAUGUCAUUCACUACCCACGGAAUCACUGCAAGACAUUACCCCCAGAACAAACCAAACGGGGAGCAUAUCCUGUGUCAGUCAUAAAGGGUCAGUUCCAGGAGAAUUAUCGCAAGUACAAUGCUCAGGAGCUGAGCUGCUUUCCUGUGAAGACUUGUCUGAAGGACCCACCCAAAUUGGUGCGAUAUGUCCGCCCUCCUCCCCUAGGAAUCCGGAUGGGAGCUAGUUCUGUAGCACAGAAGCCAGAGCCAGUCCCCGAGGCGGAAAGUGAGGCCCCUGUCAGCGCCGAGGUACAGGAAGACGUCCUGGAUGGCACAAACAAGAACAAAGAAAAUGAAGUAGCAACGGCCUCGGUGGAGAUGGAAGAGCCCGUCACAGUCACGCCUGUCAAAGUUGAGCGGAAGGUCAAGUCAUCGUGUAAGAAAAAGCUCGCUGGCGUCGCCAAGGGGCACACAUCGUCCCCAGAGAGGCCCAAGAAGUCCAAGAAGAGCAGCAAGGAGACCCCAGCCCCGGCAGAGAAGAGUGUGAGUAUCACAGCCCCCAGCACUCCUCAAGAGGUCCUUGAGGAUUCUAAUGAAAGUCCAGACUCAAAGAAAAUGCCUGCAAAGAUACAUGGCUUGGAGAAGUGCAGGAUCUGCAAGCAGCGAUCGACCAAAGAAGAGCGGAAAAACGAUCGUUUGGUGAAAUGCGCUCAGUGUGGAAAAAUUGGCCACAUGAGCUGUCUGGACCUCACAGAAGAGUUGGUCGCUGUAAUCAAAACGUAUCCCUGGCAAUGCAUGGAGUGUAAGACUUGUGUGGAAUGCCUGGAUCCUUAUGACGAGGAUAAGAUGAUGUUUUGUGAUCGCUGCGACAGGGGCUAUCAUACCUUUUGCAUUGGGCUCAACGCUCUUCCCACAGGACAGUGGGAGUGCAAGAACUGCGAGGGGGCGCCCAAGAUCUUAAACAAGUCCUCGUCUCACAAAGCCAGGAAAAAACCCCGUGCUGAAGCCAGAGAGAUCAAGCCCGAUGUCGUGGGAGAGAAAAAUCCUGAAACCAAAGCAGAGGAAGGCACAACUGUCGUCUCAGAGACUGCUGAAAUUAAGCCAGAGGAUGUAGAAAUGGUGGAUGAAUCACAGUUAGAUGUGAAGGAAGUGAAGACAGAAGACACAGCAACUCCCUCUGUGUCAACAGCCAGAGAAGAUGUGAAGCAGGCAGAGCGCUCUGGCAAAAAGAGGAAGAACCCUGGUGCUGCCGCACAGCCCAAGCCUGCAAAAACACCCAGGAUACAAGGAGAAAGGCAGAGCCGUCGUCUGAAACUAAAGGGAGAAGAAGGGGAGGAUGGAGAAAAGAAGGGCAAAGACAAAAGGUUUAAGAAAAAGAAACGGUUGAAUAAAGAGCCGGGUGAGGUAAGCACUGAUGGGAAAGAAGGAGGGGAAGUAACUCUGGCAGGGGGAGCGCUGGAGGGGGCUGAGGAUGAAGGGAGAGAGAUUAUUAGCGAAGGUGUGGAUGAAAGCGCUGAUUUCAUGGUGAAAGAUGAACUGGAAAUUAACGAUGAUGAGGUUCCAGAGAAAGGUGAAAGUAAAGGAGAAACUCCUUCAUCAGCUGUCCCGACAGGCUCAACUACAGACAAGGCAGAUUUGGAAGCUGGUGGAGAAGGCUCUGUGCAAGUUGGCUCUGGAGUGGAAGUUGCUGAGACAGAGGUGGCAGCGGCGACCAUAGCAGAGAGUGACAAAGAACCAGUUCAGGACAAGGCGCCCAGCGUGAGCAAUGAGCAAACGUCAGAAGAUGUUGCAACUCCUCAUGACACUUCUUCAGAAAUUGAGACUGUGGAUCUAUUGCCAGACGAACCUGAGCAUGACCCUGGAGUCGGAGUCGAGGAUGAGCCCAAAGAAGUUGGGAAAGAGGAAUCACAGAAGGAAACUGAGCCAAAAUUGCCAUCGCCGCCCCCUCCCCCUCCAGCAUCGUCAUCAUCUCCCACAGGUCACGCAGAAACCUCACUUGAUUCCUCAGACGAACAGCCUCAGAAAGAAACUCAACAAAUCUCAGAAUCAUCAGACACAUCCACCACGUGCUCAUCAUCACAACCGCCCCUAGUCCCACCGGCGCCAGCUCCUGAAGAGAAAAGUUUGGCUCCUUUGGUCCAAGAAGAAUCUCCACCAGUUUGUAAGAACAGUAGCCACCAGCAACAAUCCUCAUCAGAGGCGACUAUGGAUACAGCCUCAGCUGAACAAUCCAGCGAAGACAGUCAGAAGAAGGUCAAUAUAGUGGAGGAAAUGCCAGCUCAAAGCUCAGCCCCAGCUCAGUCAGACACACAACAGGAUGAUGGUGCUCCUCCAACUUCUGAGCCUACAGCAGAGGCCACGUCGGUGAACAGUGAAGAAACAACUGACAAUGACAGUGGUGUAAAGGAAAGUCCUAUGGAGGUAGAGGAGAAUGGAGACAAACAACAGGGAGCUCCUACAGACAAUGCUGGAAAUGUGGAUCCAGGUGGAGAACCAAAAGUGACAACAGACCAGUAGAUGUGGUCCCAUUGUUUUUUCAUUGUCUCCUGAUGCCCCAUUUUGGUGUCAGUGUUCAUGAUCAGUGUUGUAUCAUAAUCAUACUGUCAAGUAAUAAAGCUGGUAAAUAUAGAGAUCA